UUGUCUGUCUGUCAAAGUCGGUUGGUAAAAUUCUAAACACGAGCCUGUUUUAAGACGACGAUUUUGAUAAAUUAAUGAACUUAUAAUUGAAGACUAUUUUAAAUACAAAUAUAUCCAUCUAUUCAGGUAGUUAUCAAAUGUUUAAUUGAGACAAUUGUAAGGGUGGUGACUUUUCAGUCAGUGAAUUAUUGGAAAAGUUUCUGGCUACAGUAACUAACUUUAACUAGCUAACAUCUGCUAGCUAACAUUACCGCAUAUUUGUACGUUUACUCUUUUUAAGUUGACCAAAUAGUACAAUUUCAAAAAGCUAUUUAGUUGGAUAGCUAGCUAUUUCACUUAUUUCAGUAAGAAUAAGUGUAGCUCGUUAACUGUAUUUUUAUUUACAAUGACGGCCUAGGAACAGUGGGUUAGGUUAAUUGCCUUGUUCAACAGAUUUUUACCUUGCCAGCUCGGGGAUUCGAUCUAGCAGCCUUUCGGUUUCUGGCCCAACGGUCUAACCACUAGGCUGCCUGCAGUGUGAAGAUGUCGAUGUCCGUGGCAUGUAAAACCAUUAAUGUGUCACCUGCUUGUAAAACCAUUCAUGUGUCACCUGCAUUGGGGCAGUACAACCCAGAUUCUGUUGAGGUGAUCAUGAGCCAAAACGGGUGUGUUCCAAAUGAUCAAAGCCAGAUUUUGGGCACUGAGCUCAACCUGAUGGAGAUGACAGAAGUGGAGUACACCCACCUUCAGCACAUAAUCCAGUCACACAUGGAGGCACAAGCGGCUGGUCCAGAGGGAUCAGGAGAUGCCCGGUUCAACACUACCGUAUUCACCGUGGAAAACUCUGCACCCCAACCUACAAACUGCGAAGCAGAAUACCCAGCCAAGUCUCCCCCGAACACUCCACCUGAUGCUAUGUCAACUUCAACUGAUGAGCAGCAGUACAUUCUCGGCGGCUUGAACCAGGGUGGACAGGUUGACAUCAAGGAAAUUAAAAUGGUAUUGGUCAGUGACGGGAACGUUAUACCUGGAGAACGGACCCCCACCACUUGCGGUGAAGUCCCCGGCUCCGUGUUGGCUAAAAUCAGGAGUGCAGUGGAUGCGACCCAAGAACGUGGCUUGGAAGCAUACAACAACGGUAGCACACAGCUAUUGUCCAGGCCCAACCCACCCGCCCGAGUUCGCUUGGAGAAGAGGUUCAACUGCACCCCCUGUGACAUCCCCAGACAACAGGAUGUGCAAUCAGCAGCUCUUAGCAAUUUUUUGACAAUGCUUCAUCAAUCUAAUGAGGCGCAAGAAGCAGCAAUGCAUUCACAACCACAGAAGUGGGUGAGGUCAGAUCGGGGCAACCCUAUUGAGCUGUCAUACCCAUAUGGAAGCAUGUUCAACCCCAUCGCUGGCGCCCGUCAAGGAUUUGGGAAUGUCCCUCAUAUGCUUGACCCCAAUAAGCAUCAAGGGUUGAUCAUUCCAAAGAACUUCACAUUCAGCUAUCGGCAAGACAAGAUGCCUGACAAAGUUCCAUGCGUCAACAGCCCCAACCCAACAGAGGAGAAAGUUUGGGUGAAGGUGGAAGAUGAUGCUGUGGCGAAGCCUGCUAAACGCGGUAGGACCCGUGGAACGUGUGCUGUCAAGACCUCUGGCGUUGUCACAGACUCAGUGGAGGGAAGAGCAACUGGAGCAACUGGAGGAGCAGGCGCAAAAAAGAGAGGAGGGCCACCAGUGGAAAGUAGCCAGCGCAGAGAGAGACACAACAGCAAGGAGCGGGACCGCAGGAGGAGGAUCCGCUUCUGCUGUGAUGAGCUGAAUGUGCUGGCGCCAUUCUGUAACCACGAGACGGACAAAGCCACCACCCUGCAAUGGACCACCGCCUUCCUCAAGUACGUCAGAGAGGUGUACGGGGACUCCAUCAAACAGGAGUUCCAGGGCACGUUCUGUGGCAAGACUGGUCAGAGGCUCAAGCCCAGCAGUGCCUCAGGCCAGGUCAUGGUCCGCCAGGAGACAGCAGAGCCAUCUAGCACCCUACAGGCAUCGGAGCAGUAAAUACACACACCUAUUUAAUAAUUAUUCUAUUUAUUAAUUUAUUUUACCCUCAAGAGUAGCUGUGAUCCAUCGGGUUUGGCUUUGGAAUGUUAGCUGUCACAAAAGCAUCAGGUAUUGCCAGAGGGACAGACAUCCGUUUGAUUGUUUUUUUUCAGGGGAGAAAAGGGAUUUUGGUGUUCUGUUUAUUGCUUUAUUUCUCCUCUGAUUAUUAUCCCCCUUGACAGAGCAUGUACUCCAACAUGUAAUUUUCCAUCUUGAUCAAUUUGGGCACAGUUUUUGUAUCAAGAGAUUUCAUAAAUGUUUAUUUUUGCUUAAGUGUUCAAGUUUGACUAAUAUUUGAAACGAGCUUCCCUUCCAAACCUCAUGAUUGACAAUAAUUAAAAUGGGUGAAGGUUUUAAGUUUGACCAUGGAAGUAACAUUCCAAUGUGGUUUUGAGGGUCUUGAUUGUACAAUGCAAGUUUAACUGCACUCCAGGACUCCUAUGGAUCAGGUUAGUGUGUAUGAUGAGGAAGGAGAGAUGUUUUUUUAUACAACUUUACAUAAUUGUGAUUCUUUGAGCCAACAAACCUUUUUAUUAAAAAAAUGCUUUACUGAAAGUCAUGCACAGGAGGCACUGUUUCUCUAGGAUAGGAGUUGAACAUGAUCUACUGACUAGAUUUCAGUUUAGUUAACAGAUGUUAUAUAGUUCCAUUUUUAAUCAUACGUGCAUCUAUCUGCAAUUGUAAUUUAUUUUGAAUGUGUUUUAUACAGGGUUUUUUGGUACUUGUGGCAACAGUAAACCACAUUAACAAAUGCAGCCUUCUAAAUGUAUAUUGUUCAGUGUUGCUCCACUCUGUAUAUACAACUCUGGAAAAAGUUCAGUUUCCGUGACAGUUUUUCAUAUUACCUUAAUAUUAGAUAUUUAAAAUAAAUGUGACUUAAUGUACUUGCCUUUGUGUUUAUCUCCUGAUUGUUUGAUUGCAUAAACAUUCAGUUGGUUAACUUGAUAUGUAGAAAAGAGUAAUGUUUUACUGAAAAGUGGCUUUAUUUGUUAUUUCUUACAACAUGGUGCUGUAGCAACUUACUGUACAUACAACAGUCACCCACAAAUAAUAAAUAGUAUUUAAAGUCAUGUAUAUUUAAUAGUUACAGCACCGGUACAAAGUGGAUGUGGUCAUUGCAAAAUAAAAAAGAAAGCACAAAUUGUUAAUGAGUUAUUCUACAAUUACAAUUUCUGAUGCAUCCACAUUUUUUUAUUUUCAACUUAAUGGAAGAGAUUUUUAAAUCAAACAUGUAAUCAUGAAAUGUGAAAAAAGGAAACGGGCAACAAAUAAACUUGACAACAUAAAAAAAACACUAGUCUAGCAAGAGUUGGAAAAUAACGUGGUUGCAUCAAUAUACAAAAUCGGGGCACAUAGGUUUCUUCAUUGCCUGUUACAGUACACCCAAAGCUCCUUGGCAGAGACUUCAUUUUGCUCACUGGCACAUAUCUUCUUAUUUUACAUUUUGUAAGCUUGUCCUGUGAGGGAACACUCGGGUCUAAGCAGAAAGGACCUUGACACAUGCACAUUCACUGCAAGGACAAUCACAGUUUUAGUGUUGGAGAGUUAUCUUCCAGACAGGGGGUGAAACAACUAAAGUACAUAUUU